AUAAACAAAGAAGUUCUACCUUUCUUUGCAACAAAUUAUAUUAUUUGUAUUCUCACGCGAACGAAAUGGACAUGACACGCAGGAUAUUUUGGACACCCCUACAUCGACAUAAUGGGACAUGGCCAGUGGAAUGAUCAUGUGACAUUUCCCGUUUCGCCAUUUUCUACCGCUACACCAGUGUUCCUGUGAAGAGGUGGCUUUUUCGGGUGUCGUCCCUGUGCUGUACCAAAGGGCCUUGCAAUUGAGUGUUGAGAAUCGACAGAAACGUUAACGUUUUUUUUUUUUAAAGGACGUUUGUGCGCUUUUCCCUGAACGCGUAAGAAUGUCGUCAGAAAGUCCCGAAUACUCCCCUUUCUUCGCAGUGAUGGGAGCCUCUGCGGCUAUGGUCUUCAGCGCGUUAGGGGCGGCCUAUGGCACGGCUAAGAGCGGCACGGGCAUCGCUGCCAUGUCGGUGAUGCGGCCGGAGCUCAUCAUGAAGUCCAUCAUUCCUGUGGUCAUGGCAGGUAUCAUCGCCAUCUACGGGCUGGUGGUGGCGGUGCUCAUCGCCAACAACAUUUCAGAGAAAGUCACCCUCUACAAGAGUUUCCUCCACUUGGGUGCUGGGCUGAGUGUGGGGCUGAGUGGGCUGGCGGCUGGUUUUGCCAUCGGCAUUGUGGGCGACGCAGGCGUUCGGGGCACAGCUCAGCAGCCCAGGCUCUUUGUGGGCAUGAUCCUCAUCCUGAUCUUCGCAGAGGUCCUAGGGCUCUACGGUCUUAUCGUGGCUCUCAUCCUCUCCACGAAAUAGAGAAAGAAAGAAAAGAACAGUCCUUCUGUCCAUCCAUGCGUGUACGUUGAGUCAACGCUACGUCAUCCAUUCCAUAUAUAAACAACUAAGAAAUAAAGAACAAAUUGUAGAGCAUGCCUUUACGCCCGGUUCCAAAUCAACUCCCUUUAGCCACUUCUUUCCUCGUGACACUACUUGAUGGUCCUUUGUAGAUCUAAUAGUUUUGAAUAAGUGUUAGCAAUAUGGUAAUAGUAAAGCCACAUACCUACCUACUUAUAUUGCUUAUUCAUGCCUGUCAGAUCUACGAGGGAGGCAUCUUGAGGUGUUAUGCAUGGGGUUGCUUUGGGAUUGGGCACAGCAUGGGGUUGCUUUGGGAUUGGGCGGGAAGCGAAAAGCGUCCUCUUAUCUCUUUUCAUGUACAGUCGUCCUUGAGUCCAGCAGUCAACCCCUUGUAAAUGCGCUUUGUAAAUGUAGUGACGCGUUCCUCCUGUCCGUGCUUGAGUAUCAGUUUACCUCCUUCCUCCCAAUUUCCUUUAAUUUGUGUGUCUGCUAAAUGGCUUUUAUUAUUCCUUCGUUUUUUUCUGAAGAACUGACUGUUUGGACAAAUCAUUUUAAUUUUUCUGGGGACCAUUUUCACAUUAUAGGACCAAACUAAUAAGAGGACAUGGAUAACUAUUUUUUGGUUUGGUUGUUUUUUCACUAAUUAUUUAUGAAGAUUUUGAAAUGUUAAUAAAACUGUUUAAAUGGAACAAAGUGUUUAUCAAGUGUGUGAGAGAGAUAUAUGUGUAUAGCUAGAUUAAUUGCACUGUGGGUUAUUGUUCUAAGUUCUUGGAGUUCCUCUGGAUGCAUGUAUCCAGUUGUUACUAUGGAGACUGUCUCUGAUGUCCAGAUGUGGGAGUUAAUGGUGUGUUUGUUUAUGGCAGCGGGCAUGUGAAUGUGUGUUUUAACUCGAAUACAUAAUUCUCAACACUCAUUCGUACCGUUGACCUGUAGUACUGGGGUGUAAUCAUUACUCCAAAUGAAAACUAAACGGAAACCGUUGGGUUUGUAAACAGGUUCCGUUGCAAGACGUAAUGAAUAAACCCCAGCCGUGUGGUUGCAGAUGCUCACUGUCAGGCCUCGUCUAAUUUCCAAUUAAAUCUCAACCUCCAAAUGA